GGACAACCAGGAUUUACGUUGGCAAUGGAGAAAGGAGGAGUUUUAAUCAGCAGACAAGACGAUGGAGACGAUGGAUGGUCGGACGUAUCACAAAAGAAAAAGGAAAAUAAAAUUGCAAGAGAACGGCCAGGAUCUAUGUUGACCACAAGAGAAAGAGGUGUUUUGCGGAGUGAACAGCAACGCAAAUAUAGAGAAAAAAAUAAUAUAAAGACGGUGAUUUUGGAGAAUAACAGGCAGAGAGGUAGCAAAAGUAAUUCAGCAAGUCAAGGGGAUAGAUCGAUAUCAAUGGAGAAGGAACACCAAUUUUCAACCAACGAACAGAAGCUUAGAUUGAUGAAAAAAAGAAAAGUAAUCAAAUGUCAUGAAAUCAGCAUGAAUGAAUUCACCUGUCGAAUAGACAGUGUAUAA